AUGCUUCAGACAUUUGCAAAACUCAUCCGCACUGCAAAUACAGUCUCAAAAUCAAAACCGCUUCUCCACCACCGCAAAACCCUAACCACCACCACCACAACCACCACCUCCAAAGAUGAAUACUUCGCCGCAAUCCAACACGUCGCAAACAUUGUCCGUCGCGACUUCUACUUGGAACGAACCCUCAACAAACUCCGCAUCACAAUCACACCGGAACUCGUCUUCCGUGUCCUCCGCGCCUGUUCCUCUUCCCCAAUCGAAUCCCUCCGUUUCUUCAAUUGGGCUCAAUCGCACCACCACCACCCUACCUACACCCCAACCUCCGUCGAGUUCGAAGAAAUCGUCACCAUCCUCGCUAACUCCAACAAUUACCAAACCAUGUGGUCAAUCAUUCACCAAAUGACUCACCACCAUCGCCUCUCCCUUUCCCCAUCCGCCGUCUCCUCCUUAAUCGAAUCCUACGGCCGCCACCGCCAUAUCGACCAAUCCGUUCAGCUUUUCAACAAAUGCAAAAUCUUCAACUGUCCUCAGAAUCUUCAACUCCACAACUCCCUCCUCUUCGCCCUCUGCGAAUCAAAACUCUUCCACGCUGCUUACUCCCUCAUCCGCCGCAUGCUUAGAAAAGGCAUCAACCCUGAUAAACGAACAUACGCGCUUCUCGUAAACGCGUGGUGCUCAAGCGGCAAAAUGCGUGAAGCUCAACAGUUUCUCAAAGAGAUGAGUGAUAAAGGGUUUACCCCUCCCGUCAGAGGCCGUGAUCUUCUCAUUGAAGGCUUGUUAAACGCGGGCUACAUCGAAUCCGCGAAAGGAAUGGUGAGGAAAAUGGUGAAGGAAGGAAUUAUCCCUGAUGUGGGAACAUUCAAUGCAUUAAUGGAAUCAACAUGUAAAUGUGGGGAAGAAGAAGUUAAGUUUUGUGUUGAGCUUUAUCACGAGCUGUGUAAAUUAGGAAUGGUUCCUGAUGUUAAUACUUACAAGAUUUUGGUACCGGCGGUUUCAAAAAUUGGGUUAAUGGAUGAGGCUUUUAGGCUGUUGAAUAAUUUUAGUGAGGAAGGUAGUCGUCCAUUUCCUAGUUUGUACGCACCUGUUAUGAAGGCUUUGUUUAAGAGGGGUCAAUUUGAUGAUGCUUUUUGCUUUUUCGCUGAUAUGAAAGCAAAGGGUCAUCCUCCUAAUCGACCUCUUUAUACCAUGCUUAUUACUAUGUGUGGCCGUGGUGGAAGGUUUGUCGAUGCUGCUAACUAUCUUUUUGAAAUGACUGAGAUUGGUUUUGUACCUAUAUCUCGUUGCUUUGAUAUGGUUACUGAUGGAUUGAAGAAUUCUGGUAAGCAUGAUUUGGCUAAGAGAGUGCAACAACUCGAAAUCUCUAUCCGUGGAGUUUGA